AGCAGUAACACACUCACCAGCCGGUCAAUUGACUCGAAGACGCGGCCCGGAAAAUAACAUGCACCGACAAUGGAACGCUUCAUCCGAUCAGUACUGAGAAAAACCAACCCGACCUCCUUCUUCCGCUUCACGCUCGACGGGAUUGGCAUCUUCUGCGCCUGCACGCUGAUAUGGGAACACUACUACACAGUCCAGCUCAGCGAGGGCGGUUCCAUGUAUCCCACACUCAACGGAAGGGGGGACUAUCUCCUUAUUUCGCGGAGAUGUGGUAACGGGAAGGGCAUUGAGGUCGGGGAUAUGGUUCGGUUUUAUCAUCCUUCUUUUCCGGGGACGCAUGCCGCCAAGAGGGUCUUGGGGAUGCCGGGGGAUUUCGUCUGUAAGGAUGCGCCAUAUAGUCUUGGUGCUGGGGAGACUGGGGAGAUGAUUCAGGUCCCUGAAGGUCAUGUCUAUCUUGCCGGUGAUAACCUUCCGUGGUCGAGAGAUUCGAGAAAUUUUGGUCCCGUCCCCCUGGGGCUUGUUAAUGGGAAGAUUACGGCUGUUGUCUGGCCUCCACGGAGGAUGAGAUGGCUGGGGAAUCCCUUGCAGCCGGCCAAACUUCCCGACGAUUCGGCUGCUCGUGCUUAGAUGGGGAAUUCGUAUUUAUUUUUCGUCUGUCGGGGAUAGAACAAGGGAGUUCGGAGUUACGGGUGGAAAAAGUAAAUAGGGU